AUGAAGCUAUACUCAUUCUGGGCAUUUGCAGUGCUCUGCCUCUGCCUAGGCCAAGUGGCCACCAGCGAGAAGCUGGUCAACUGCUAUUGGGGCACCUGGGCCAACUAUCGUCCGGGCGAUGGCAAGUUCACGCCCUCCGAUAUCGAUCCCUUCCUGUGCACCCACAUCAGCUACACCUUCUUCGGGAUCGGCGAUGGGGGCGAGUUCAAGUCCCUGGACACCUGGCUGGACAUGGACGAUGGACUGGGCUUCAUCAGUCAGACCAUUUCCCUGAAGCAACGGAAUCCCAAGCUUAAGAUCCUGGCUGUAGUGGGUGGGUGGAACGAGGGCUCCAUUAAGUACUCGGAAAUGGCCGCCGAUCCAGGCAAGCGUGCCACCUUUAUCUCCACCAGUUUGGCGUUUAUCCAGCAAUACGGCUUUGACGGUCUGGACCUCGACUGGGAAUAUCCCGGGCAGCGCGGAGGCAAUGAGGAGGCAGAUCGCGUCAACUUUGUCACCCUUCUCCGUGAGAUCAAGGAAACCUACGAUCGGUAUGGCCUGGAGCUGGGCAUUGCUGUGGGCGCGUCUGAAAAGUCGGCGAAAAUCUCGUAUGAUAUUCCGGCCAUUUCCCAGCACCUAACCUUCAUCAAUGUGAUGACCUACGACUUUCACAUGGCUCUCGAUGGCUACCUGGGCUUGAAUGCCCCCCUGCCCGAGGUGACCGAGUCCAUUGACUACUGGCUGGCUCAAGGUGCACCCGCUGAGAAGCUGAUCCUGGGCAUUGGCUUCUAUGGUCACAGCUACCAGAUGGCCGAUGCCUCACAAAACUGGCCUGGAGCCGCUUGCAUUGGCCCUGGCUCCGCUGGCGUGUACACGCGAGAGAACGGAUUCAUGGGAUACCACGAGAUCUGCUUGAACAAUUGGCAGACUGUGUUCGACCAGGAGAAUGGUGCCCCGUACGCAUUCCAGGGCGAUCAGUGGAUAGGCUACGAUAAUCCCGAGAGCAUCGAGAUGAAGAUGAAGCUGGUCGAGUCGCGCAACCUGGGCGGUGCCAUGAUGUGGUCCAUUGAGACGGACGACUUCCGCGGCCUCUGUGGAGAGUCAUAUCCCCUUCUGAAAACCAUGAACCGCGCUCUCGGCAAGGAGGUGAGCGGCGGCGGCGGCGGCGGCGGCGGCGGAGGUGGUGGCAAUGUGACACCAGCUCCCACUCCUGGUCCAACUCAGGGCGGUGGCGGUGGCGGUGGUGGAUCUGGAUCCCCAGCUGGAGAUUGCUCCAGCGAUGGUUAUUUCCUGCACAGCAGCGACUGCAACAGAUACUACCAGUGCGUCGGUGGCCUCCGCUACGAUUUCGAGUGCACCCCGGGCCUCCACUUCGAUGUAUCCAUCAACACCUGCAAUUGGCCGGAAGAGGCCAACUGUCCCUACUAAAAUUAAUGCAAAAAUACAACCAAAUCAGAGUUUAAUCAGACUAUAAA